UACCUUAUACACUUAUCCUGACCCAGUGAGCCCACACAUCGCAACUGACAGUGUAAGAUUAAAAAUAAUCGAGAGAGAAAUUAAAUUUCCUCUGACUGUGAUUUUAUUUUUUUUAGCCUCCGCAUGAUGUUGAGGUCUUAUCGCGCGUAAAACAACAAAUGUUGGAUUAUGUGCGCCAACAAAAAAAGAAUGGAAGCUACCUUUUCUUGGAAACUGCUGGUGGUAUUCAUAGUCCUGUCAUGUCAGGAACACCCCAAGUGGAUUUUUACAGAUCGUUGAGGUUACCAACAUUGUUAGUUGGGGAUAGCAAUUUGGGUGGCAUCUCUACCACAUUAACUUCAUAUGAAUCUCUAUUGAUUCGUGGUUAUGAUAUUCCAACCAUCUUAUUGUUUGACCAGCCUCAAUAUAAAAAUCACACUUUAAUCAACACCAGAGUCCAGAAAAACGGUGUUCAAGUAGCUACUAUUCCUCCCCCACCCCAAUUUUUACAAGACCCAAUCCUUGAGCAAGAAUCUAUGAGAAAAUACUACUCUCAAGUGGAUGAAUAUUUAGUUCCUGUAAUCAAGAAUCUAGAUCUGAAGAAUGCUGAGCGCUUCGAUAGAUUAGAAACGAUGGCCCAAAAAUCUCGAGACACUUUCUGGUGGCCAUUUACUCAACAUGAACUUGUUAAAGAUGUCACUGUCAUUGACUCUGCUCAUCACGAUUAUUUUACAACGUAUGAAAAAAAUCCUACUGGUGAAAUGUCACCCAAGGAAAUGUUUGACAGCUGUGCAAGUUGGUGGACACAAGGACUCGGUCAUGCUAAUCCUGAUCUCACUUUAUCUGCUGCUGCUGCUGCUGGUCGUUAUGGCCAUGUCAUCUUUCCCGAAUCUACCAAUGAACCUGCCCUGUCCUUAGCUGAGAAGGUGCUCGAUAAAGAUACCUGGGCUUCUCGUGUCUUCUUUUCUGACAACGGUUCUACUGCUAUGGAGGUAGCCUUAAAAAUGGCCAUGAGUGCUACUGCCAAACGCUACAAUUUCGAUAUUAAGGCGCCUGUUGAAAUCCUUGGUAUAGAUGGAAGCUAUCACGGCGAUACCAUUGGUACAAUGGAUGCAUGUUCUCCCAAUGUGUACAAUGAUCAAGUACAAUGGUACGAACCUAAGGGUCAUUGGUUAAAGCCUCCUUCUGUUCAUAUUUCUUCAGGUCGUGCCUAUGUACGUCUGCCCAAGGAGAUCUCUAAAUUCCAAGAAUCCGGAUCUGACAGAGUAUAUUAUAAUUCAAUCAACGAUAUUUAUUCUGUGGAAACUCAGGGUGGCGAUAAGAAAUUGGCAAAAACCUAUGAAGAUUAUAUUCGCUCUGAACUUUUAUCUUUGAAAGCACAAAAACGUCGUAUUGGAUCAUUAUUGAUGGAGCCUGUCCUAAUGGGUGCCGGUGGUAUGAUUUUUGUGGAUCCCUUGUUCCAAAGAACAUUGAUUGAUAUCGUUAGAAAGGAAGGAUCCCAAUUGCUCUAUGGUGUUGAUGAUAAACUUAUUUCCAAAGACACAUGGCAAGGUUUACCCGUCGUCUUUGAUGAAGUUUUUGCGGGGUGGUAUAGAUUGGGCCGAAGAUCGGCAUCCGAAUUCCUUGGUGUGACACCGGACAUCACUGCCUAUGCAAAGACUUUGACAGGUGGACUUUUGCCUUUGGCUCUGACUGUCACUAAAGAAUCCAUUUAUGACGUAUUUCUUUCGGAAAACAAACCCGACUGCUUGUUACACGGUCAUUCAUACACUGCUCAUCCAAUGGGUUGUGCAGUUGCAAAGACUUCGAUUGAAACGCUGGAUGAAAUGGCUAUUGAAAAAACAGGUUCAUGGGCUCCUUUCCGUGACGAAUGGAAGGGUAAUUCAAUCUGGUCUAUGUGGUCUACUAAAACCGUUGAUCAGUUAUCCAGACUUUCAAAUGUUGAAAGUGUCAUGACUUUAGGUUCUGUAUUAGCCGUUGAGUUAAAGGAUGACACAACUGCAGGUUAUAGCUCAUCCGUUUCAAAAUCUGUCAUUAAAAACUUACGCUCAGGUAAAUUCAAGAAUGGUUUCGAUGGUACAGCCGAAACUGGCGUCAACUUGUUCGCUAGACCACUCGGUAAUAUUAUCUACCUCAUGACUUCUCAAGUAACCACUCAACAAGGUGUACGUCAAUGCGAGCAAGCCCUUUUGGAAACUCUUCAAAAAUGUUAAUAUAUAGAAUAACUAUUCUUUUUUUUCCCGCUUCUUUAUUGUAUCCUG